AUCUCUCGGGGCUGCCUACUCCUCCAUGGCACCCGAGAAUAGACAAGGUGUGGUCCAGGCCUUGGUGGCUUUCCUUGGAAUCCAGGCAAACACUACAGGUUCAGCCUGUGGUGGAAGCAUGGAAGCCACAACGAGGAGUCAGGACUGGCUGUGGAAGAACUUCGGGCCAUUUGCAGUUAAUGCUGAAUAUGGGGAUUUCAUGAAACUGAAGGAUGACUUCAAUGGCGUUGACGUUCGGGAAAACCUCACAUCAACACAACUGGUCCAUGUGUUCUUCACUCCGGGUGUCCUAGAUGACUUGGGGCUUGUGGAAACCCUCCUAUCGACACUGGAGAGCAGAUCUGUAUCCAGCAUAAUUGCUUUUGUCACAGAAUUUGUCUCCGUGGCCCAACAGAAGGGAAUCUCAGCCCUGACCAACGUGCCUGUCCGUGAUGCCAUGUUUGCAGCCAUCUUCAACAAAGUGCGAACCCGCCUCACUAGCCUCAGCCCCCAGGAGUACAAGGACUGGUUCAGACUAAAGCUUGGCCUCUGGCUCCCCAGCAUCAAUGCUGAAGCCCUCGCUGGCCUCCCCAAGAACAUGCCUUGUGGAAUUUUCCAAAUUGUCAUGAGUGGCCUAGAGCAGAGUUUCCAGCAGAUGGCUCUCACCACCCGGCAGGACGUGUUCAACUUUGCCCAAGGUUACCUCCUCUCUCGCCCAGUGCAAACAGGUGCACCCUGCUCUGAAAAUACCCAGGGCAGCCUUGGAUGGUUGCAGGCAAACCUGGCCUCCUUCAAGUUCUUGGCCUCCUACAAGGACCUUGUCAAACUGUACCCAGAUUUCAAUGCUAUGGACACACUGGGCUCCCUCAGCCCUGAACAGGUUGCAGGCUUCAUAGUGACAAGCAACAUCCUAAGGGACAGCAUCCAAGCGGGCAAGGUCAUGGCAUCCCUGAGUGAUACUGAUGUUGGGCCAUUCUUGGAUGCCUUCAACAAAGAGGCCCAGGAGCAUCACCUCACCCAGCUCCCGAGUGCUGAAGUGGCCCGUACCAUCCUGGGUCAAAUCCUUUGCCACCUGAGCCCAUCGAUGCUAGCAUUUGGCCCAGAGGAGUACACUGCCUGGUUUGGAGACAAGCUGACUCUCUUCCUGACGGGCCUGGAUGCACAGAACUUCGGCUCUUUGCCCAUCGACAUGUCGUGUGACUCCCUAGCUGCCCUGGUCCAAGUCCUGGACACACACAAGGCUAAUGGAACAUAUGAACACCCAACAGACAUCUACGCUUUUUUGCAACGAGUACUGAUGACCCAGCAGCAAAACACAGGCUCUGCUUGUACCCAGGAUGCUGUGACUGAUCAGCUGUGGUUACACAAAUACUUUGGUGCCUUCAGCCCCUAUGCCUCUUACAAAGACCUCACUACACUGAAGGGUGAUUUCCAGGGGCUGGACUCCCUGGACCUCCUCUCAGACAGUGUUCUCGCCCAAAUUACCAUCCACAGUGGCAUCAUCUAUAGUCCCUCUGGAGUUGGCUCUGUCCUGGAGACCAUCAGGAUCCGGAAGGACCCGUUGAGCCAUCUGACUGCCUACCUGGAAGACUUUAACAUCUUUAUAUUGAAGAACCCUGCCUUGUUAGCCAACUCCAAAGUACGGGACACCAUGAUGCUCAAGUCAGCAGAGAUGGUCUUCCCCAAAGUCCCCACCAUGUCUCCCGAAGAAGCCAGCACAUGGUUUGCCCGCCUGAAGGUCCUGCUUCCUGGGGUGAAUGUCACCAGCCUAGAGAUGCUGCCACACUCCAUGACAUGUUCACAUUACCAGGCCUUCAUAAAGACCAUUGGGGGAGUGUUCCUGGAAUUGUCACCUAAGCAGAAACAAGCUGUAUAUGGAUUUCAGAAGGAAUACUUGACUGCACAAUUUGCUGAGACAGGCUCAGCAUGUAACAGACCAGGGUCUGAUACCAGGGACUGGAUGCAGAUGAACCUGGGUCCAUUCUGCUCACAAGCCCUGCUCAGUGAUCUUCAGGCUCUUUACCCAACCUUCGAUGGAGUAAGUUUUUCCAGUCAGUGCCCCACCAACACCACCAGUCACAACAUUUAACACCAAAGGUUUCUGCUCCUAGCAGAGCCCAGGGAGCCUCACCUCUCCUCCCUUCCUGCUUGGGACAUUAUUUCUCUUCCUCUGGCCUCAGCAUGGAUAUCUCCAAACAGACCAGUCCUGAGGGCAAGAAUCAGGCUGGACUAAGGUGGCAAAGGAGAUAGGGAUUAUACAUAUAAAACAAGAAUGACAGUAGCUUUCUGCUUUGGACUACCCAAGAAAUCCAUCUUUGUCUUCUCUCUGAAUCUCUUGAUUAUGUGCUUCUCAGCCUCUGUUUCUGUCUCCUGGUCCUCUGAGCCUGGGACAGGUCUCAGGUCAUGGUCUAAUGGAGAUCACCUCUCCAUAGAUCAUUUCUCAAGCCUGAGACAUGAGUCCAAGCUAUAGAGCCUAUGUGUAAGUGGUUUUCAUUAUUCCCCAAUUAAAUUCAUUGUCUAAGUUUCGUAGACUAUGUGAGACUUUGAGGAUCUCUUUCAGCCAGCAUGGGCCUCAGUUUCUCCAUCUGUAAAAUGAAGAUGUUAGACUAGAGACACAUUAACAUUCCUUCUGUUGCUGACAUCUGUAAUUCUCUGAUUUUUCUCAUUUUCAACUCACUCAUCUUUCAGACCUACCAAUGAGGGAGACUGUAAAGAAAAGUCCUGUUCAGCUCUGAGUUGGAUUAGGUGAUAACCUCUAAGGUCUUUUCCAACUUGGAGGUUCUAAGAUUCUUUGUCUAUAGUUGAGUUUGUAUAACACAUCUGGCUAACUGAUUUGCGGCCUGAGUUGCCUUUCAGAUGUACCUUGUACCACACAGAACCACCAUCUACCAUGUAACUGUUUCUUUACUCACCAAUAAAG